UGUUGAGGUGUUCGAGGCGCACUGAGCAAGCCAGUCCUCAGUCGUAACGUUAUGGAGUUUUGUCAUCAUCAGACUUAUCGUUAGACUACUAUAAUUAGUCCGAUCAGUUUAUAUGGAUUUUCAAUCGAGUUAAUUCUGAUCUGAAUCAUCUAUACAGCAUUUCUCCUGAAGAUGGCACAAAUAGACAAUCCCAAAGAGGCCUUUGCUUUCCUUCGCCCAAGCUGUGUGAUUUUGACUCGAGAGCCUACAGUUGCAAAUGUAGAGGUUUUAAACAACUGUCUGCAUACCGUCAGUGAUGGAGCCUUGCAGCAACUUCAGGAUUAUGUUCUCUUCCCACUACGUUUUGUCCUUAAAAUUCCUGGACCUAAACAGGAGGGUCUUGUCCUCGCUGUGAUGGACACGAUGCAUUAUGUCUUGGAGAAGACUUCUGUGAGGAAUUGGGAGUCACUUUACAGCAUCUUCUCAGAGUUAUGCAUGUGUAUUUCUUGCCCAAAUGAUCCAGGGAUGGCAAGUUCAGCCUCAGAAGAAUUGAAGUUAUCGGUUUUAAAGUGUCUUGAUGUACUCCUACAUGCUGCCUAUGGGGAUGUGGUGUUUAGGCUGUAUGAGCCUUCCAUGCUGCCCACUCUUGGUGCAGCCAUUUCCUUGAUUUUGUCUCUGAUUGGAGGGGAGCGGGCUCGUGAAGUACAGAUAGCUGCACUGAAUUGUCUACAGGCUUUCAUUUUCCAGUGCGACUGUCUUCAAGAUCAUGUGAUUCCGAACGUGGAGGAGAGAUACGCACUUGGAAAUGCACUGGCCUCAUUUUUGCCGGGAGUCACACAGACAUUGAGUCAGGUUAUUUGUCACAAUGUGGCGCGAGGCCAUGUUGUUGUCAUGAGGGCUCUUAGGGUACUGUACAAAAUGUUGAGUGUUGUAAUGGAUGAUGAACAGCUUCUCAACAAGGAAACAGUUAAAGUACUAAUCCACAAUGAAACGUUCAAUGGACUGGCUAUUGACAGAAGUGCUAAUUGGACCAAGAAUACAUCUCAAAGACUUUCUGUGGCUUUACAGAAGAUCAUCUCUUGCACUUCAGCCCAUCAGCAUUGGAGAGUGAGGUUAGAAUUGGUGAGCUUGUCUGAAUGUCUCCUAACCAAGUGUUCAAAGUCCCUAGAAGAGUGCUCAGGAUCCCUUAUUGGGGCUUUAGUUGGGGCUGUCAAUGAUGACGAUGCUUCUGUUAGGGAGAAAUCCAGUACGGUCUUGAAAGAUUUAAGUAGUCAAGCCACAAAAUGCCAGGCCUUUACUGAUAUCCUUUCAGAAAACCUUCAUGUUUUGUCAUCUUCCUUGCCACAGCUAAUGCGCACUUCAGAUGAUCACCGUAAGUUUUUUGUCCUUAGUAUGUUUUUGGGUUAUAUGAAAGUCCUGGGGCCACAAGUGGAGGUUGUGUUGAAUUCAGCUGUCCAUCUGAAGCGCAUUUCCAAAGCCAUGAUGCAUGUUUUAGAAAUGGAUAUGACAGAUGUGAGGAUGGUGGAAGAAAGAAGCUUGCCAAUUUUGAUUCCAGAUGGGUCAAAUGCACAGAGACAGAGUCACGUCUUAAAAACACACUUCCUUUACUUCACAGAUGACAGGAUAUAUUUAGUGCUCAGAGAAAUCUGUCAGAUGUUGGGUCAUUAUGGAAACCUCCACCUUCUUGUGGAUCACUUCAUGGACCUUUAUCGAGAGUCCUCAGCAUACAGGAAACAAUCCAUUUGGGUGCUAAAUGAGGUCCUUGCAGGUGCUGCUGGUCUCGAUGUGGAGGACGAUCAGAGUCCAAGGCCUGCAAGCCACUUGGACUUGAAAUCAGUUAUAUCUCUUGUGAUUGAGGAGUACAUAAGUGCAGACAACUGGCACUUGCCCACCAGUUAUGAGCAAUCUAUACAUUCAGACCAAGAAAACCAUGCUCAGUCCCACUUAUUAGCCAUAUCCAAAAAUCCUAAUGAGGUUUCCAUGGCAACAGUCGGAGAUGUGAAGCAUCUGAACAGUAAUAUAUGGCAGAUAUGCCUUCAGCUGGAAGGGAUUGGAAUUUUUUCCAGAGUACUUGGCCUUAACUUCCGUCCGUUGUUGAUGAUGGUUCUGUAUUCUGUGCUGGAGAAGGUAGGGGACAAGUCUUCGCUUGUUAGCCAAUCAGCGGUUUGCACCAUGUUCGAUAUAUGUCAAGCUUGUGGGUACGUCUCACCCAGUGAACUGAUCAACAGUAAUGCAGAUUAUCUUCUAAAUGACAUUUCACUUAACCUUGGGAGGCCUAGUUCCCAACCACAUGCCCCGAGGGUAUUUGCUGCCAUGGUAACCCAUUCAGAUGAUACCCUGUUACCUUUAGUAGUGGAUGUUGUGCAAGAUGUGUUGACGUCUCUGGACCUUAACCAUGACCAGCGGGCUUCAGAGGUUUGUGAGGUACUCCACUCCGUCUUGAAGGCAAUAGUGGCAUUGGGAUUCAGCAGCAAGAAGCAACCAAAUUCACUGGAGACGAAGUCCGAGGAUUUUUUGGAUGCCAGAAAGUUUCUACUGGAUUACAGUAUACUGGUGAAGCAGGCUGAAGGGAUCAUAACCAGUCAGGAAGAUGAAGAUGACCAAGGCAUUUCAUCAGUAACUGAAGAAGACCAUGCAGAAAGCAUAGAUCCAGAUGGUGUCGGCAUGGACACUGCCUUGCCCCCCCAUAUCACCAUAGCCAAAGACGUGAUGGAGCGCUGCAUCCAUCUUCUGUCCAUGUCCAGCCCCAGACUCCGGCUCAAGGUCCUGCACAUGCUGAAGCUGUGUGUAAAUGUGAUGUGUGAAUUUAAGGACCACUUGUUUCCCAUGGUCCAUUGCUGCUGGCCAGUACUACAGCAGCGUCUCAAUGAUGAAGAUCCUUUCAUCAUACCCCAAGCAUUUAAGCUUCUUUGUACUAUGGGAGAAGUAUGUACUGAUUUCUUGAAGAAGAGAGCAUCGAAAACAGUGAUACCAAAAAUAGCCGCCUACCUAUCAAAGCAAGCACAGACUACUGCUAAGGCUGGACCUAAUUACACUCAAAGUGUCAAUUACAAGCUCCAGUUGGCUUACCUCCAGGGACUUGGCCCUUUGUGUGUCUCCCUAGAUCUUGAUGAAUCGGAUGUAGAAAUGGUGUCAGAAGCCUGCUUACCAUACCUCAGUGUUCAACAGCCACCCAAACUGCAAGAAUCCUGUUGUAGUGUGUUCCAAUGUUUGAUCAACAAGGACCCAGAUGUCAUUUGGUUUACGCUUUGUGAGCAGUUUUGCCCAUAUGCAUACCAGCCACUCCAUAGAGACUUAAUGCCGGUUAAACUUUGUGGAAUGGGUCGGCAGGACAAUGAAUAUACACACAAUAUAGUGAAAUUACUGACAGACUACAGUAAACAUUAGAACCAACCAGAAUUGUGUGUUGGAUUGUACAAUUGUAUUUCUGUAAAUAGUAUAUCUGUUAAGGUAAGAUGUGGUUUUGUGAAAUUAAAUGUUAAAUCAGUAACUCUUAAAAACAUUAAAAAUGCCCACUCAUCUUAUGGCAAAUAAAUAAAAAACUUGCACCAUUA